AUGGGGAGACAAUAUGGCGCAUUUUCCAAAGAUCAGCAAAACCACACGAAAAGACAAGGAGAAGGAGACUGGAGGAGAUGCCAGCGACCCCACAAACCCCGCCGAUCCAUUGCCAUUCCUCACCACUGCCACCAUCACGACCAAGCACGGGAAAUCUCUGAAGCAGCCAGCUCAAUCAAAUCAUCUUAUAGGAAAACGGAAGAGGACAGAAACAAGGACCAACUCGCAGCUGCGGUUGAAAAUGAGUUUGUCUAUGUUUAUCAACUUCCGGCGAAUAGGAGCUGCAUAGAGCUGCUGAACACUAUAACCUUCAGUUUUAUGGUGGAUCCGACAAUGGAGAAGGAUCACGACGAACUCUACAGAGUGGCAUGGGUCUCAUCUAUGUCGUCUAUAUCGUCAUAA